AUGGUGUCCCAGGUGCUGCAGCUGCUCCGGCAGGGCGUGUGGGCCGCGCUCACCGGGGGCUGGUACCAUGACCCAGAGCACAGCAAGUUCACCAACAGCUGCCACCUCUACCUGUGGCUGUUCCUGCUGCUGCUGCCCCUGGCCCUGCACCUGGCCUUUCCUCCCAGCGCCAUCACUGUAUUUUUUUACUGCAGUUCAGUGACUCUAUUCUUCACAAUAAUCAAAGUGGUCAGCUAUCGCCUGCACCUGAUGUUUGAUAAAGGAGAAGUAAUUCAGCAAAGGCCCUCCAGAAAGAAGGAAAAGCCAAGUAAAAACAAAGAGGCCAGCCGCGAACAUGCAACUAACCACAAAACCCCAAGCCACAUUAGCAGCCACAGGCAGAUCAGCGGUGGCAGCGGCGGCAAGAAGGACGAGGCCGGCCGGCUCUGCUCCACGCCUCCCCUGCGCUGCGGCUCCCAAGGGCGGAGUGCCAGCUCUCGCCACUCUUCCGCGCGGCAGGAGCUGCCAGCCCAGGAAACAGCGGAAGAUCUCAAAGGUGUCAUCCUGGCAGAAGACCAGCCUGCAGCACCCGUGUCCUCUACCUCACCUGGCGUCCAAACGGAAAGCUCACCGCCUUCUAAAGCGCAUGUGCCGGAAUCCGUGACCACGUCCACAACCCCAGCGCAACCAGCCAUGGCAGAAAGAAAUGACGAAGGGAAGGGAAGAGGAGGCAAGGGGCAGCCCCCCUUCCGCCACAGGUCCGAGGGCGGCUUGGCGGAUAAAGGCACCUUGAAGAAGUUGCCACGCCUGUCUUUGUCCCAGCGAGACUUACUAGAAACAGAUGUUUCUUUCCAGCCUUGGGGGAGUGAGAACUCGGUCCUGAUUCCAGAGCCCCUGCAUUCUGCCCGGGGCUCCAUAAGGGAACAGUUGCAAAGCACGUCCCCUCAGGACAGCCUGAGCAGCAGCUGGCCCCAGUGUAACACCGUGGCCGCCAGGCCUGGGCGGGAGCCAGAGGACACCUCCCAGCGCGGGGACGCCUCCCGGGUGGCGGGUCCGCCCUCGACCCGGGAAGGGGACUGCUCGGAGGGCGAGGUCGCUGUUACUCUCAUUGACACCUCUCAGCCUGGAGACCCGCUGAGCCUGCACGAGCCCAUUAAAAUCGUCAUCACCAUGAGCAGUGCGCCGAACUCCAUGACAGACUUGGAAAGCUCACUCCACCUGAAGGCGACUGGCACCGAGAGAGUCGCUUUCGAGUCAGAGGCCGAGCCGGCUACCCCAGGGGGGCCCAGUCCUCCCAACGCGGAGCAGCGAAGAAUUCCAGUCAUCACCCUUGAGCUGUCUGAGGACGAGGGGGGAGCCAGUUCGUGUCCCGAGGGCAGUGGAGAUCAGAGGACUCCAGAGAGGAGGGCCGUGGAGGCAUCCUCUGCUCAGUGUUCGGGCUGCGAGUCUGGGGAGGGGACAGAUGCCACAAGGGGCCGCAGCCCUUCCCUGGGGGACCACUGUGAAACAGCCCCCCUGUUCCCACCCACUGCGGCCCCCAAGUCCGAACAACGAAAGGAGGGCCAGGCCAGCCUUGACCCAUCAUCUUGUAAAACGGGCCACGAGAAGAGACAUGCCCGGGUCCUCAGUGUGGACAGUGGGACAGAUGUCAUCUUCAGCAAAAGUUCCACAGAAAUUACUAACGAUAAAGAGAAAGCAAUACCAACUUCCAAAUCUGACCUCGAGGCGAAGGAAGGGCAAACCCCCAAUGAAUCCAACUUCCUGGAAUUUGUCUCCCUGUUAGAAUCCAUCAAUACUUCCAAGGGGGUGGCACCCAGCCCAAGGAACGGCCCUGCAGAGCCGGACAGAGAAACCGGGCUCCUCAGAGAUAACUGCUCCCAGGAGAAAAAAGAUGAAAUCCUGGAAAGUGAGAAGCCGAACGGACACAAUUCCAAGCAAGAAAAACCGGACGUGCACAGUCAAGAGCACGCCAGCGCCAGCCCCGUGCUCACGGAGCCCGCCACGACCACAGCCCUUUUCCAGGGCAAUAGACAAAGACAGAUAAUCUACAGGGUAACUUCCCAACAAGACAGCUCUGUCUUGCAAGUCAUCAGCGGGCCUGAAACAUCUGUGCAAGAUGAGAUAUCUGCGGACGCUAUGCACGUCUUCAUCGAUGAGCACGGGGAAAUUAGAUCCUGCUACUUAAAGUCUGGAAAUCAGAAAGAGGGCCCCCCGCCACAUCAGCCUUCAGACUACGAGGGUUUCUCUCACGCUGGGGACGUACAGAUCGGCUCCUCCAGCACCACCGCUUCCGAGAGUCCAGACCCUUCUUCCGGGGACCAGGCGGUCAGCGCCCUCCAGCAGCAGCUGCUGCUCAUGGUGGCGCGGAGGACCCAGCCCGAGACGCCACGGCACCUGAGUCAGGAUCUGGAAGACUCAUCGGGUUCCUCAGCACAAGGGAAGUUCAACCGAGAGCAGUUCUACAAGUUUAUCAUCUUCCCCGGCAAGUGGAUUAAAGUCUGGUACGACCGCCUCACCUUGCUGGCGUUGCUGGAUCGAACUGAAGAUGUCAAGGAGAAUGUGCUGGCGGUGUCGCUCAUUGUCCUGGUGUCCCUGCUGGGAUUUGUGACGCUGAAUCGAGGCUUUUGCAAAGACCUGUGGGUGCUCCUCUUCUGCCUCGUCAUGGCCAGCUGCCAGUACUCCCUGCUAAAGAGCGUCCAGCCCGACCCAGCCUCGCCCAUACACGGACACAACCAAAUCAUUACAUACAGCAGACCAGUCUAUUUCUGUGUGCUGUGUGGCCUUAUUUUGCUUCUUGACGCAGAGGCCGAAGCCUGGCGCCCUGCCACGCACACCGUGUAUGGCCUGCGGCUCUUCUCCCCGGGGUCGCUGCAGGCAGCCCGGGACCUCCUGAUAGUAUUUUUAUAUUGCUUCCCCGCCGUGUCCCUCCUCGGGCUCUUCCCGCAGAUCAACACCUUCUGCAUUUAUCUUCUGGAACAAGUCGAUAUGCUGUUUUUUGGAGGUUCUGCCGUUUCUGGGAUGACGUCGGCCGUUGCCAGCGUGGCCCGGAGUGCCGCUGUCGCCGCCGCGCUCCACAUGCUCUGCUUCAGCGCCGUGAAGGAACCGUGGAGCACACAGCACAUCCCGGCGCUGUUCUCAGCCUUCUGCGGCCUCUUGGUUUCACUGUCCUACCAUCUGAGCAGGCAGAGCAGCGACCCCUCUGUGCUCCUGUCCUUCAUUCAGUGCAAAUUGUUUCCUAAAUUUCUACAUCAAGAUCUGGAGGAAAUGGCGGAAGACCCUCUCCCCAAGAAGAUGAAAGAUUCGGUGAAGGAUGUCUUAAAGUCGGAUCUCCUCGUGUGCCCGGUGGCUGCCGUGCUGUCGUUUGCAGUGAGUGCCAGCACUGUCUUCCUGUCCUUGCGACCGUUCCUCAGCGUGGUGCUGUUCGUCCUGGCUGGCGCCGUGGGGUUUGUCACCCACUACCUGCUGCCCCAGCUCCGCAAGCACCACCCGUGGAUGUGGAUUUCACACCCCGUCCUUAAAAACCGGGAGUAUCAGCAACGGGAAGUGCAAGAUGCCGCCCAUUUAAUGUGGUUCGAAAGACUCUACGUUUGGCUUCAGUGUUUUGAAAAAUAUAUCUUGUAUCCAGCAAUAAUUUUGAACGCCCUCACUAUUGAUGCCUUUUCAAUAAGCAAUCACCGGAGACUCGGGACCCACUGGGACAUCUUCCUGAUGAUCGUGGCCGGCAUGAAGCUGCUGCGCAGCUCCUUCCGCAGCCCCGCCCACCAGUUUGUGCACCUGGGCUUCACUGUGAUCUUCUUCCACUUUGACUACAAAGAUCUUUCAGAGAGUUUCCUGCUGGACUUCUUCAUGAUCUCCAUUCUAUUCAGCAAGCUCGGGGACCUGCUUCAGAAGCUGCAGUUCGUCAUGGCGUACGUGGCUCCGUGGCAGAUGGCUUGGGGCUCCUCGUUUCACGUGUUUGCUCAGCUCUUUGCGGUCCCUCAUUCUGCCAUGCUUUUCUUCCAGACGUUCGCCACAUCCAUCUUUUCCACGCCCUUGAGCCCAUUCCUGGGGAGCGUCAUUUUCAUCACCUCGUAUGUCAGGCCAGUGAAAUUCUGGGAGAAAAACUACAAUACAAAACGCAUGGAUAAUUCCAACACCAGACUGGUGGUCCAAAUUGAAAAGGAUCCAGGCAAUGACGACAACAACCUCAAUUCCAUCUUCUAUGAGCACUUGACAAGGUCCUUGCAGGAGUCGCUCUGUGGAGACCUGGUUCUUGGGCGGUGGGGUAACUACGGCACCGGCGACUGCUUCAUUUUGGCCUCGGAUUACCUCAACGCUUUCGUUCACCUGAUGGAAAUCGGAAAUGGUCUUGUCACCUUUCAACUGCGAGGGCUGGAAUUCCGAGGCACCUACUGCCAGCAGCGAGAGGUGGAAGCCAUCACGGAGGGCGACGAGGACGACCGAGGCUGCUGCUGCUGCAAACCGGGCCACCUGCCCCACCUGCUGUCCUGCAACGCGGCCUUUAACCUUCGUUGGCUCACCUGGGAGAUCACGCGGACGCAGUACAUCCUGGAGGGCUACAGCAUCAUAGACAACAACGCGGCCACCAUGCUGCAGGUGUACGACCUCCGACGGCUCCUCAUCCGAUACUAUAUCAAGAGUAUAAUAUACUACAUGGUAACGUCCCCCAAACUCCUCUCCUGGAUCAAAAAUGAGUCCCUCCUGAAGUCCCUGCAGCCUUUUGCCAAGUGGCAUUAUAUCGAGCGUGACCUUGCGAUGUUCAGCAUUAACAUUGACGAUGACUACGUCCCGUGUCUCCAGGGGAUCACGCGUGCCAGCUACUGCAACGUCUACCUUGAGUGGAUCCAGUACUGCGCACAGAAAAGGCAGGAGUCUUCAAAGGCCCUGGACAGUGACGAGGACUCGCCCCUAGUGACCCUGUCCUUCGCCCUGUGCAUCCUCGGGAGGAGAGCGCUGGGGACUGCCGCACACAACACGGCUCUCAGCCUGGACUCCUUCCUGUACGGCCUCCACGCCCUCUUCAAAGGCGACUUCCGAGUCACAGCGCGAGAUGAGUGGGUGUUUGCGGACAUGGACCUGCUGCAUAAAGUGGUCGCGCCAGCCAUCAGGAUGUCCCUGAAGCUUCACCAGGACCAGUUCACAUGCCCCGACGAGUACGAGGACCCCGGGGUCCUCUUUGAGGCCAUCCAGUCCUUCGAGGAGAAGGUGGUCAUCUGCCACGAGGGCGACCCAGCCUGGAGGGGCGCCGUGCUGGCCAACAGGGAGGAGCUGCUCACGCUGCGGCGUGUGGCCGACGAGGGCGCCGAUCAGUACAAGGUCCUCAGGCUCCACAGGGGCUUCCUGAGCUUCAAGGUGAUCAAGGUCAACAAAGAGUGUGUCCGGGGCCUUUGGGCCGGGCAGCAGCAGGAGCUCAUAUUCCUCCGUAACCGCAACCCGGAGCGCGGCAGCAUCCAGAACAACAAGCAGGUCCUCCGGAACCUGAUUAACUCCUCCUGCGACCAGCCCCUGGGGUACCCCAUGUAUGUCUCCCCGCUAACCACGUCCUACCUAGGGACCCACCGGCAGCUGAGGAACGUCUGGUGCGGACCUGUCACUUUGGACAGCGUCCGGACAUGGUUCCGAACCAAGUGGUUAAGGAUGCGGAAGGACUGCCACGCCGGCCAGCGCAGUGGCGGCAACAUCGAGGACGCGGACGGAGGGGGCGCCCCGUCCACAGGCGGCAGCAGCGCCCCGGGUGGCGACAGCCAGGAGAGCAGCACAGAGCAGCCCAGGAAAGAGGGGGCCCGCCACUGGUCACCCCGGGAAGGGACACGGAGCACAGGCAGGAGGAAGGGCAGGAGUCAGUCUGUGCAGGCCCACGGGGCGUUAAGCCAACGGCCCCCCGCCUUGAGCUCGUCCGGCCCCAUCUUAGAAAGCCACCCGGCCUUCCUGCAGACGUCCACGUCGGCCCACGGGCUGGCCCCCAGGCUCUCGGGCAGCCGGCUCUCCUUACGCACCUCGGCCGCAUCCCUGCACUCCCAGCCCCCGCCCGUCACCACCACGGGCCACCUGAGCGUCCGGGAGCGGGCCGAGGCGCUGAUCAGGUCCAGCCUGGGCUCGUCCACCAGCUCCACCCUCAGCUUCCUGUUCGGCAAGAGGAGCUUCUCCAGCGCUCUCGUCAUCUCGGGCCUGUCCGCGGCGGAGGGGAGCAACACCAGCGACACCCAGUCCUCCAGCAGCGUCAACAUCGUGAUGGGCCCCUCGGCCAGGGCUGCCGGCCAGGCCGCACGGCACUUCUCCGAGCCGAGUGAACCCACCGAAGCCGAACACGGGCAGCUUCGCGGCCGCCGUCUGGCUGAGGCCAUGGCUGGGGGCCCCGGGGUGGUCUGCAGGCGAGCCAGCCAGGAGGACAUGGGCCUGGACGACACAGCUUCCCAGCAGAGCGCCUCGGACGAGCAGUAGGGCUGGGAAGGGCCCCUCAGCCGGAGAAACCGAGUCCCACAGGGGCUCCUUCCUCUUCUUCCUUUCUGCUCCCCCGAAACUGAAAAGAGCAAAUACUGUCAUCCAUGUGGGGCCCUUUCUGUGGACAAAUGAGAGCUGUUGUAGAAAACGGAAUAAUUUUAUCUCAGGUUCUUGAAAACUAGUUCACGUAAUGGGGGUCGGGGGGACAUCUUGACGGCAGGCCUCCUCGCCUGCUGCCCAGAGCUGGGAACAAGGGAGGCACAGGCACUUUCCAGAAUUUGAAGAUUCACACAGAAAUGAUGUAACAUCUAAAACAACUAGCUAGGGCACAUAAAUAACUUUCUGCCCUGAUGGAAAUAAGACAACUGCAUGUUAAAUAAUUGGCCUUUUAUACACUCCUGUCACCGUGACAAAGCCGUGAGCAGCCGUGCGAAUCAUGCCAUCCGUGGGCCAAGUGUGCUGAGGUUACAUCCACCCAUCAGGACAAUCUCGCUGCUUCGUAAUAUUUAUGCCGAUGUCGGGUGAGCAUAAACCAGCGACAGUGCACGCAGUCCCGCCCGCAGCUCCCUGUGACCCAGCCCAGCAGCCCCCACUGGUGUGAGCGUGACGUCUGGCCCAGGCAGGGCCGGAUGCCAUCUUGGAGGGACACAGUGUCCCACGGCGACUUCCCACACACACAGGACGUACGCUUGCUCCCCGGGCCGAGUGGU